GAACAUACCAAUGACUUCAUAGGCAACUCUCUCCGUGAAUCUUGCGAGUUGGCCUUGGGCCUUGUCAGCGAAGAAGACAUAUCAGCAACUCAACAAGCUGUAGAGGCCUUGGCUGAGAUGGAUGGCGAAAAGGAAGGUCUUGGGGGCAUUGAACAGUUUCUCCUCAACCAUGCUGUUGGCCAAUCCCUUGUGGCCUUGGCUACAAGCCGGGUAGAUUCAGGGGAGAAUGAGGCUAAGGCCACAGAGUCAUUGAAAAAACUUGAGGCUUCACUUGGCUCACUUCAAGCGGUUUCGCAUGGAGGGGCAAGUGUGGGGAUUAAGUUGAUCACUGCAGAUUUGCAGCCAACCCAAGAAUUGAUCGUCGAAUGCAGCAAGCAGCUCUCUGUUCUCAAAGCUCGCAAGGCGACAAAGGAACCCCUGGCAAAUGCAAAGCAAACUUGCCGAGCUCACGAUAGGCUGCGCGAUGUUCUGAAGGAGCACAUGUCUGGCUUUGCGACGCAAACACAAAGGCUGCUGCGCGAAGAGCUCAAAAUCAACCUGACAGUUGCAGGCCUGCUUCGGGACUACAAAGAUUUGUCACAGAUGGUGUGUAACGCUGCCAAGUUCGUUUUUUCUGAGAAGGAUGAAAAAGGCAAGAAGCAAGAUGUGAACGCUUCGGAGCUCAAGCGAUGGUGCGACACCCUCCCAAAGCUCUUGCCAGACAGGGUUGGGGCCGACUUGGCCAAGACAUUUGAUACGAGGUUUGUGUGUGUUUGCCAAGCAAAGCAUGAAGCGCUUGCCUCUUCUGGUUUGAAUGCCAUCGCUUCCUUGGUCACAGCCUGUGAGUCUGGCUCACCAGGGUCUCUUUCAGCAGAAGAGCAACAGCAGCUGCUGCUCAAAAUACCGAAGGCUAACGCCCUCAAGUCGUUGGUAUCUUCCUUCUUGGAGGUGACUGGCUUGACUUUUUCAUUGAAGACGCUGCGGCCUGUGGUAGGAUGGGCAGCCCACGACAAACUCAGCAUCACUGACGCAGUGAGCUUUGUAGCAGCUCUGGAACUCACCUCCAAGCAUUUGCAGUUAGUUAGUGCUGACAAGACUUGCCAGGACGAUUUGAGCAAGUCAGGUUUGCUUCGAGCAGGGCCAUGGCUGAGUGAAGUCACUAGAAAGGCAACGAGCUCAGUGUUGGACCUUUUUCAGAGCGCAAACAGGAGCCGUCAACUGGGUACAGACAAGCUUAGGGUGGUAAAAAUGCCAGAUUUGACCGAUGCAGAUGCUUACUGCAAGGUUGGUCUCCGCGCUGUUGGCCAGCUGGCCCAGUUGACCCGCGAACUUGAAGCUGAUAUCAAAAAGAUGCAUGAUGUGAGGAGUGCAAUGACCCAGCUCAAGUCGACAAAGUUCUGUCCUAAAGAGGGGCCACCGGCCGUGUCAGUGAUAGAUGCCUGGAGCAAGCAAUCAGGGAGCGACCCUUUGCAGCCUAGCGAUUUUGAAAACACCAGCAACGAAGCAGUCAAGAUGUAUUCUUUCCAUGUGGCUGCAGUGGCUUCUGUAUGCUUGCUUCGCAGCGAACAACUGCAGGCUGAAACACCUGACAAAAAGAGCAUGAAGGACUUGGCAAACCUCUCAGCCACUUUGAAGCUGAAGCUCGAUGGACUUCCAGAAGACUGCAAGGCGCUCAAGAAGUCAGGGGCAAGCCUCCUGGCAGAGUGUGAGUCCAAGUCUAAAGGAGUGGCCAAGCGCCAUGUGAGUGAGGAGGGAGGGCGACAGAAGGGCAGUGACAAGAAGCUGGCCUUGGCAAAGGAAGGGAAGGAGCCACAGAAGGCAAAAGAAGAGAAGGAACCGCAGAAGGUGGAAGCUGGCAAGGCAGAAAAGGCAAACGCUGAGAGCUCAGGCAGAAAGAGUGAAACCGAAACCAAGGAUGGAAACGACAAGGGCAAGGGUGAAGACUCGACCAUGGAUUUCGCGAGUCUGUUCACAGAGAGCAAGAAGGAGAAAAAGGAAAAAAAAAACAAGAAGGACAAGAGUGACAAGAAGGACAGCAAGAAAGAUAAGAAAGACAAGAAGGCCAAGAAGAAAGAAAAGAAAGACAAGGAGGGCAAGAAAGACAAGAAGGAACUGAAAGAAGGCCAGAGGUCAGAAGAGGCAAGGAAGAAAGAGAAGAAGAGCCACAAGCAAGAUGACGUAGACCCAGAGAAAAAGAAGAGAAAGAGGGAAGAAAAGACGCCUGAGCGCAAGAGGGUGUUGCGGGAGCACGGCUCUGGGGAUGCGGCGUUGAUGCUGUCGGCUUCAAGCCGGGUCACUUGCCCAGAAGACAUAGUUGAUGGCGCCCUGUUGCCAAAGUUAGCAAAGGAAAAUUUCCAAAGUUUCAAGGCAGCCUGCCCAGCUUCCCCAAUGGCCUUUGGCCUUUCGCCUGAGAAGGCCGACGGCCUGGAGCUGACAUGGGGGUCGUGCUGCUCUGGGAGUGAGGGGGUGCACUAUGUGGUGGCUGCCGUGGAGGAUGCGUUGAAUGAUCUUGGGUACUAUGUGAAGUUCAAACACAUGUUUUCAUGCGAGUCCAACAAGCACAAGAGGGAAUGGGUGCAGCAUGUCCUGAAGAUGGGCAAUGUUUUUCAGAGCCCGGUUGACUGGAAGUGCGCAGAAUAUGGGUGUGUAUUUUCAGAUAUCUCCUACAUGAGGGACAAAGUGGCCAUGUGCGAACAUCACCAGCAGGAUUGCCCCAUUGUCGGUGUUGACUUUUUGUUCAUUGGGACCAGCUGCAAGGAUCUUUCCAGAGCGAACUCCUCAGUCGACCGAUCUAAGCUUGUGUUUAGCCAGGAGAAGUCCAAGGGGGGCUCUGCUCAGACGUUCAAAGGUUUCAUUGAGUAUUGCCAGGGCCACAGGCCGACUUGUGUAUUGUACGAAAAUGUCGAUAGCAUUGACGACAAAAUUUCCAACAGCGCUGAAACGAACUUGACGCUCCUCAUGCAGGCCAUGGGGGACAUCGGCUACCAAGGGCAGAAAGUUUUGACCGAUGCAGCGCAAUUUGGCUUGCCUUGUCGCCGACGCAGGAUGUACAUUUUGUUUGUUCGGCCAGACAGCCCCAAGCUGGGUAUGCACUCCGAUGGGGCCAUUGGCCGGGUUUUUGCCCGAGUAAAAACCCUUGUGACUGCUUGCAUGAGGAGCCCCCCAUGCGCAGAGAAGUGUUUGCUUCCAGACGGCCACCCAGUUCUACAAGACAGGUUGAAGCAGUUGAAGAUUGCCGCCGCCAAGAGCAUGGCAAGCAAAAAGCAACCCCAAAACACAUGGAUCGACAAGCAUAUGGCCUAUGCUGACCAACUUGGCGUUCGAUGGGGGGGUCCUACGCCGCUGGCGUUGUCGGACAAUGAGUGGGUCAACACUAUGACCAAGCGGGAAGUUGAUGCCCUGCGAUUGUCGCAAGUGGAAG